AUGAAAGUCAAAAUCAUUGUUCUGCUUCUUAUAUGCAGUACCUUGGGCGAAAUCUUUGGACGCGCAAGCACCUUAGGCUGCGCCGCCGACAAUUGUGCAAGGGCGGUCACUGGUACCGACGAUGGCACAGCUACCGUGGCUCAUCAUAAAGUUGACUGCACCAGUUUCAUGCAGGUGACUACCAAUACCAUAGAGCACACGACGAUUAGGCCUACUGCAGUUCCCAAGUAUGCAAGCGCUUGCUCAGGUACCUCGCGAUACAGCAGUGCCUGCUCAUGUUGGGGCGUUACAGUGCUCACCGUAACGUCCUCCGCCUCGGCAACAAGCUCAACUAUAUCCUCAACACCAAUUCCGUCUUUUACCAGUGUUACUGUCCAGACCCUCACGAACCCUUCAUCCUGCUACCAGUUGCCUACUCCAACAUCUUCACUUACCAUCGUCUCUGAUAAUAGUACUAUCAAUACACCUCUCGAUAGUCCAAUCGCGCUGUACUUGAGUCAGAACGGGACCGUACUUCUAUACUUUGGCCUCACUGUCAAUGGCUCACCUUUUCUUUACGACAUUUCCAAUCCCGAUCAACUAGUCGUCAUAUCUGAAAGUGGUAACUCCAUGCUCAUCAACCAGACGGGCAUCUAUGUCUUCAGUGCUGACUGCAGCAUUGGCAUCGCUGUGUCGGUGCCGAACUUCCUGACCCAAGUCGCGGGUCUCACAGAUAGCACAACCACUAAACGCUCAGGAUCUCUGGACGGGAGAGCCGUGACCCCUUUCUACGUUGAUGUAAUCAUACAAAACCAGUGCGGACAAGCACGUGAAGACAUCAGUCCCAAACUCAACUUUGGAUUGUCGUCAUGUACUCUUACCAGUGCCGUAUUGGGCGUCUUCGACUUCAUCUGUUCAUACCCAGGCCUCAAAAGCAACGAACAAAGCUGCGAGAACAAUCUUAAUAGCUUUCUCUCCUUUCCUUGGACUUCUGUAGCUGUUCUUGUCGCAAAAGUCUGGCCUGAAACGCUCAUCGGAAGAAUCGGAGCUGGUAUCGUAGCUGCACUCAGCGUUGAGGAAACCGUGAUCGCAGCGGCUUUUCUGACAAUCUUACAGUUUUACCUUCCGCCCCUUCUUCCCGGGAUUGCAAGCAAUGUAUGCACCAAUCUCUUCCUGGACGAGCCAACAGAUCUAGCCGUCACGGCUGAUGGGGCCAUCUCAGACAUAGCAAUCAUCACAGCCGCCCCCGCAACUACCACUACAAUUCGGUACACUGAUAUAUUAUCCGAUCCGGCCGUGACAUCGUGCGCUGUCGCGUCACCUACAUCUCCGCCUCCGACUCUGACAACGUCCCCAUGCGUGAGUGGAGCGGAGCUCGUUACAGGACCAUGGGAGACCGUCUAUUCGGGAAGCCUUUUGUUCACCACUUUCGAUAACCCAAACUGCGAAGCAAUCUAUAAUAGCGGGGUCCCCGGCCCAACUUCUUCCUUCGCGGAUCUCGAAGCUCAGUGCUUUGUCCUUGCAGACGAAACAACUGGAAGUGUCAUGAUAGCUACAGAACUUGACAUCUACGAUACAGGUACUAAUCACUAUGAUGGAUCUCAGUACUUCUGCCUCACUGCGAAUUGCCCUAUCUCGGCAGGUGACUUCACGCAAGAUUCCAAUGCGGGACAUGUAAACCCUGUCAGCUACGACGUAAGCACGGUUCUUGGGCUUCACUCUAAAGCUAGCAACAUUAUGAGACAGAUUAUUGGGAAACUGGGCACAUUUUAUAUCUCUCUCAGCCCACUGGGUUACAGCUUUUGA